CCAUACGUUCUCUGCUUCUCUCUCUGGCUUCACAGCGGAGAAUCCGGUGCAGGGAAGACUGUGAACACAAAGCGUGUCAUCCAGUACUUUGCAACAAUUGCAGCUAGUGGGGAGAAGAAGAAGGAGGAGCAGUCAGGCAAAAUGCAGGGCACCCUUGAGGACCAAAUCAUCAGUGCCAACCCCCUGCUGGAGGCCUUUGGAAAUGCCAAGACUGUGAGGAAUGACAACUCCUCACGCUUUGGCAAAUUCAUCAGAAUCCACUUUGGGGCCACAGGGAAACUGGCUUCUGCUGACAUUGAAACAUUUGCUGACAAGGCUGCCUACCUGAUGGGUCUGAACUCAGCCGACAUGCUCAAGGCCCUGUGCUUCCCCCGAGUCAAGGUUGGAAAUGAAUAUGUGACCAAAGGUCAAACUGUGCAACAAGUGCACAAUGCUGUAGGUGCUCUUGCAAAGGCUGUCUAUGAGAGGAUGUUCUUGUGGAUGGUUGUUCGCAUCAACCAACAGCUGGAUACCAAACAACCCAGACAGUACUUCAUUGGUGUCCUGGACAUUGCUGGCUUUGAGAUCUUUGAUUUCAACAGCUUUGAACAGCUCUGCAUCAACUUCACCAAUGAGAAACUGCAACAGUUUUUCAACCACCACAUGUUUGUGCUGGAGCAGGAGGAAUACAAGAAAGAGGGAAUUGAGUGGACAUUCAUUGACUUUGGGAUGGACCUGGCUGCCUGUAUUGAGCUUAUUGAGAAGCCCAUGGGCAUCUUCUCCAUCCUGGAAGAGGAGUGCAUGUUCCCCAAGGCAACUGACACCUCUUUCAAGAACAAGCUCUAUGACCAGCAUCUGGGCAAGUCCAGCAACUUCCAGAAACCCAAGCCUACCAAAGGAAAGACUGAAGCUCAUUUCUCCCUCAUACACUAUGCUGGCACAGUGGACUACAACAUCACUGGCUGGCUUGAGAAGAACAAGGACCCCCUGAAUGAAACCGUCAUUGGGUUGUACCAGAAAUCAUCACUGAAAACACUGGCCCUGCUGUUUGCCAACUAUGGUGGAGCAGAAGCAGAGGCUAGUGCUGGUGCUGGCAAGAAAGGUGGAAAGAAGAAGGGUUCUUCUUUCCAGACUGUCUCAGCUCUUUUCCGGGAGAAUUUAAACAAGCUGAUGACGAAUCUGCGAAGCACUCACCCCCAUUUUGUGCGCUGCAUCAUCCCAAAUGAAACAAAAACACCUGGUGCCAUGGAACAUGAACUGGUGCUGCACCAGCUGCGGUGCAACGGUGUGCUGGAAGGGAUCAGAAUUUGCAGGAAAGGAUUUCCCAACAGAGUCCUGUAUGCAGAUUUUAAACAGAGAUACAAAGUAUUAAAUGCAAGUGCUAUUCCAGAAGGACAGUUCAUUGACAGCAAGAAGGCUUGCGAGAAACUUCUGGGAUCAAUUGAUAUAGACCACACUCAAUAUAAAUUUGGUCACACCAAGGUGUUCUUCAAAGCUGGAUUGGUAGGUCUCCUGGAGGAGAUGAGAGAUGAGAAGCUGGCACAGCUCAUCACUCGCACGCAGGCCAGGUGCAGGGGCUUCCUGAUGAGGGUAGAGUACCAGAAAAUGGUUGAGAGGAGAGAGUCCAUCUUCUGCAUCCAGUACAACAUUCGUGCAUUCAUGAAUGUCAAGCAUUGGCCUUGGAUGAAACUGUUCUUCAAGAUCAAGCCCUUGCUGAGGAGUGCAGAAUCAGAGAAGGAGAUGGCCAAUAUGAAACAAGAGUUUGAGAAAACGAAGGAAGAGCUUGCAAAGUCUGAGGCCAAAAGGAAGGAGCUGGAGGAGAAAAUGGUGAAGCUGGUGCAGGAGAAAAAUGACCUUCAGCUCCAAGUGCAGGCUGAAGCUGAUGCUCUAGCUGAUGCUGAGGAAAGAUGUGACCAACUCAUCAAAACCAAAAUCCAGCUGGAAGCCAAAGUUAAGGAGGUGACAGAAAGGGCGGAGGACGAGGAGGAAAUCAAUGCGGAGCUGACAGCCAAGAAGAGGAAACUGGAGGACGAAUGUUCAGAGCUGAAGAAAGAUAUCGAUGACCUGGAGUUAACGCUGGCUAAGGUUGAGAAGGAAAAGCAUGCCACCGAAAACAAGGUGAAAAACCUCACUGAGGAGAUGGCAGCCCUGGAUGAGAACAUUGCCAAGCUGACAAAAGAGAAGAAAGCCCUCCAAGAGGCCCACCAGCAGACACUGGAUGACCUGCAGGCAGAAGAGGACAAAGUCAAUACGCUGACCAAAGCUAAAACCAAGCUGGAGCAGCAAGUGGAUGAUCUCGAAGGGUCCCUGGAGCAAGAGAAGAAACUGCGCAUGGACCUUGAGCGAGCCAAGAGGAAACUCGAGGGAGACCUGAAGCUGGCCCAUGACACCAUAAUGGACUUGGAAAACGACAAGCAGCAGCUGGAUGAGAAACUGAAGAAGAAAGACUUUGAAAUCAGCCAGAUCCAGAGCAAGAUCGAGGAUGAGCAAGCCCUGGGCAUGCAAUCGCAGAAGAAGAUCAAGGAGCUGCAGGCCCGUAUUGAGGAACUGGAGGAGGAAAUCGAGGCCGAGCGGACCUCUCGGGCCAAAGCAGAGAAGCAUCGGGCUGACCUCUCCAGGGAGCUAGAGGAGAUCAGUGAGCGCCUGGAAGAAGCAGGGGGGGCCACGGCAGCUCAGAUCGAGAUGAACAAGAAGCGUGAGGCAGAAUUUCAGAAGAUGCGCCGGGACCUUGAAGAGGCCACUCUGCAGCAUGAAGCCACAGCCGCCGCCUUGCGGAAGAAGCAUGCGGACAGCACAGCUGAGCUUGGGGAGCAGAUAGACAGCCUUCAGCGUGUCAAGCAGAAGCUGGAGAAGGAGAAGAGUGAGCUGAAGAUGGAGAUUGACGACUUGGCCAUGUUGUCUUGGACAGACAACAUGGAGUCUGUCUCCAAAGCCAAGGCAAAUCUGGAGAAGAUGUGCCGCACUCUGGAAGAUCAGCUGAGUGAAUUUAAAACAAAGGAAGAGCAGAAUCAGCGCAUGAUCAGUGAUCUAAGUGCUCAAAGAGCUCGUCUA